UUUAGACCAAUCAUAAAACUCCAGUUACACAUGAGAACCGCAGAAGUCAUAAUGGCUGGACCCCCUGUUAUCAUAUGGAAGAAUGAGGUGGAGCAGCUGUUGCAGUACAGAGAGCUGAUCCCCCGUCUGGAGCAAGCUUUGGGGAAGUUCUCCAGGCGGGACAGCGCGGAGGUGAUCCAGCCUGUGCGCACCACGGUGCCCCUUCAGAAACACAGCGGCUUCCUGGGAGUGAUGCCUACAUACAUGGAGAACGACGGAGUCCUGUGCACAAAGUUUGUGUGUUUCUACAAGAGGGAGGACGGUUCAACUUUGCCAGCCACAAAAGCCACAGUGAUGCUGCUGGAUCCAGAGUAUGGGAAUGUAAAGGCUGUCAUGGAUGGAGAAGUCAUCACAGGCAUGAGGACAGCGGCAGUCUCGGCCAUCUCUGCUAAGCUGCUGAUGCGUCCUGAAGCAGAGGUGCUGACCAUCUUGGGGAGUGGCCUACAGGCUCUGAGUCAUUACAAUGUCUUCACAGAAAUGUUUUCAUUCAAAGAGAUACGUGUGUGGAGCCGCACAAGACAGAGCGCCGAGGGGUUUUGCCGGUCUGUCAGCGGUCCGGUGACGGUAUGUGCCUCAGUGGAGGAGGCCGUGAGGGGAGCGGACGCCAUAGUGACAGUAACCAGAUGUACAGAACCAGUACUCUUUGGUCAGUGGGUCAAACCAGGAGCCCAUGUGGCCGCGGUGGGAGCCUGCAGGCCAAACUGGCGGGAGCUGGAUGACGUGUUGAUGAAGGAGGCGGUGGUGUACACUGACAGCAGAGAGGGAGCGAUGGCCGAGUCCGGUGACAUCAUCCUCUCUGGGGCGGAGGUGUUUGCAGAGCUCGGAGAUGUUAUUAACGGGAUAAAACCUGCCCUCAGAGACAAGACAACCGUGUUCAAAUCCCUUGGAAUGGGCGUUGAAGAUGCAGUGUCGGCUCAGCUGGUAUUUGACCAAUGGAAAGCCAAAGCCAGCCUACCAUGAAGAGGCCAUGUAUUUCAACCUGGCCUGUACUGUACACAAGCUAAUCAAGAUCAAGGCAAUAGAAGAAAGGACAGAAAAUUAUAUGAAAUAUAUGAAAUGGAUUUUACUUUAGUUUAUCCACCCUAAAAGGCAAUCUUGCCUUAAAGCAGUAUAUGUUGUAACAGUUGAUUAAUUGCAGUCAAUCAACAGAAAAUAAUCACUUUGUUUAAGUAAGUUAACAGCGAUUACAGAAGUGCUAGCAACUCUGUGAGGCUGUUCUUAGGCACGGCGAAGCUUUGAGCUAAAUGCUAACACCAACACGCUGAUGUUGAUCAGUUAUGUUGACCAUGUUCACCAUCGUAGCGUGUUUGCAUGCUAACAUUCACUAAUGAGCACCAAACACAACUUACAUGGGAACGUCUCAAGUUUUUUGUUUUUUGUCAUUGAAUUGUUUUACAAAUCCUGCUGGUGGUGCGACAGGAAGUGGUUGACCAACUGACGUUUCUAUCCAAAAUGUUGUGUCACUAAAAACACAUUAGCUGGUUCAAGAUUUUCAAAUGGGAGGAUUUGCUUCCGUCUUUGCAUUUUAUCCUGUUGGUCAGAUGAAAACAAGCACUUUGAAGACACAGUGAUGGAAAAUUUUCACUAUUUUUAGAUUUUAUAGACAUUACAUUUUAUACACUAAACAAAAAUGAAAGGAAGAUCAUUAGUGUAUACGUUCCCCAAACAGUUUAAGAAAGAUAUAAAAUUCAAAAAAGCUUUUUUAAUGAGUUUAUUUGCUUAAAAAAAAAGAAAUCAGCAUAUUACUAUGUGGAAAUGAAACCAUUUAGCAAGAAAUUAAUCUAAGUGUCCACUUCCACUGCGCUAUUGAAACACUGAUCAAAUGAGUCCAGAUUUACAGCGGUUCCCCUGGCAACCAUGCAAUUUGAUCAUUGCUCAUUUCAAAAUAAAAUGCAUUUGCUGAAA